AUGAUACCUGGUUUCCGCGUACGCACGGAUGGCGCGGAUUCUGUUGGCUCACCUGUGACAGUGUCGGAGCCUGCAAGAUCGCGAGAAACAUGCAGGCCGUUGCAAGCGGAAGCAGGUGACGAUUGUCAUGCCAUUCACGCGAUGGCUUGCCGCAAGCGUGGAUGCACACGUUGCGCGUAUGUGCGCAACCAAGACUCCUGGCAUGCGCGAUGUCCUGCUGGCAUUUCGGGACAAACCUGGUUGCUCCCGCAGAUGUCCGGAGACAGAUUCUCCCUGGCGUGCUGGGUUUGCAAGGCCGCUGGCCAAGAUUCCGAAUGGACGCAGGGAGUGGAGACGAAGCUGGUUGGCAAUUUGCAGAGACACAACGACAGCGCGGUGCACCGUGCGGCAUUGCUUCAGCUAGGUUUGGUCCAGCCAGAGGAGAGCGAUGUGGUGGCUGGGGCGCCCACCACGGAAGCCUUCCUUUUGGUGCUGCAGCGCCGUCUUGAAGGUCGAUCGCUGAAAAAAGCCGAGGCCGGUGUUGGCGCGGAAAAGAAACUGCAGAAGCUCCAGCUUUGCCUCGCAGGCGCAUUGACUGCCAUGGACCGCGCAUUCUUGGCAGAUGCCACCUGCGUCAGCUUGUUUCAAGAUGUGCGUGAUCAUAAACUCAUGAUACGCUUCAAGGCCUGCGAUGAGCGGCUCCAGCUGCGUUCGGGCGUAAUUGCAUACGAAGAUCUUCAACUGGAGACCGGGACGGCUGGGACGAUUGCAGGUCUCCGACGGGCGUUGCAUAAGUUCUACUGCGACAUUGACGGCUCCUUUCUCCAGCAGGAUUUCGACAAGAUGUGCAGCCGAGUGGAAUUUUUCUGCUCCGACGCGGCAGCGGAUGAACGACUAUGUGGGCGCGUUCUCCUGCAGUCCGGCUUGUUCCCAAAAAUGCGCUACCAGGUGUUUGAUAAGGCACACGCUUGCGGCCGACUGUUGAAACGGCCGUGGCAGUCGAAUGACAAGCUCUGGCAAGUGGUGCAGAACUUUGCUUUAGGCCAGCACAGUCUGGCUCAUCGUGUGCAAUACUCACCUCAUCUGGCUCGUGUAUUCCAGCAUCAUUGUACUCUUUCUGAGACCCGGCCGAUACGCGCGGAGCGCAUACGGUCCCUCAGCUUUGCAAAGCACAGGUUCGGGAGUGUGUCCAAGCCGCUUGGGCGCAGCAUACUUUUCAUCGAGGCAGUCAUUGAGACCAACAUUUGGAUCACGCUUCAUCGUGCCGGAGAAGAGGAAGCUGAGGCCGCGUCAACGUGGCUCGCAGCUGUCACGGAAGAGGAUCUUCUGCUAGCAGCGCUUUGCGCUGACGCUGCAGACGAGCUGAUGGUUUUCCUGCGAAAGUUCGACAAGGAAAACUGGGACACGUCGCAGAGCCAAUUCUGGGUAGUGGUCUUUGUUUCGCGAUUGCACCAUCUCUUCAACCAAGAUAAUAUAUGGAACGCAGCGGGCUACACUAACCACAUGCUCAAGGUCCUGGAGACCACCAGCUUCGGCAUGGUGGUUCAGGGCCACCCCAAGAGCAUCGGCGGGCAGAAGAUUUCCAAUGAUCUCAAACGCAGGUGCAGGUUGGAGCUGCAGAGCUGGGUUGUCCUCCUGGUGGACACGUUGAAAACCGAGUUCCCUCACUACGAGCUGCUCUCGAGCAUGCAGGUAUUUCAUCUGAGCAGUCAGACCCAGAACCGCCUUGACGAGGUGAAUCCGGACAGUCCCCAGGAAACCCAUCGCAGGACGGCACUACGACGCAUUGCAGCUGCAUGCCGGGUUUCGCUGCAGGAGCUGAUGGAUGAGUUCUCGGACCACCUGCCGAUUGCGCAGCACCUAGCUGCCACGCAAGGCUUGGAGAGUUGGGAGGCCUGGCGAGAAGCUGUGCUCCGCACACAGGCUCGACCAUCGGUGAAGCAGAACCACCCUGCAGACAAGCUCAAGGCAGCUCUUUGCAGAUUUGGAGCCAUGAAUUGUUCUACCAGUGGCAUUGAACAACUCUUCUCGCAAAUUAUGAAGCAGACCGGGCACUCUCGAAGCAACCUCUCCGAUGAGAGCCUCUUUGCGGAGGUCAAGAUCUUCAGUGAUGCGAAAAACUCAGAAACACAUCCUUCCUUGGUUCGAGGUGCACAGGCUGUCUGGACAGCCUGGUUCGGGGCCGAGCGCCAGACUACACGUCAGCGAGUGGAUGCUGGCAAGCCGAAGCAGCAGCAGGCCGGGAGUGAGAGUGCCUGGUUGUGCGAGAGGCGCAAGGUGCCCGCAGUGCUCGUGGAUGUGGACCGUGUGGCGGACACCGCAUGGGCUGCGGCCGAAGAGAGAUUCGACCAGCCCAUGUUUCAAGAACUGGAGUUUCAGAGAUUGAAGAGAUACCGGAACCUUGCAAAUGCGUUUCUGGCGCAAGCGGUCACAGAGGAGGACGUCCCUGAGGAACUUAUCGAGGUGGCCCAGUAUUUCGCCGAAGCGGAUGCCCACAACGAGACUGCUAGGAAGGCGAAGCGGCAGAAGCUCCAUAGUAUCAUGGCCCCGACACCGCCACGACUGCAGAGUUCGCGCAUCUGGCUAGAGUGCCACGAUGAAUGGUUGAAUCAAGUGCCAGCCGGCCUCGCGCAGAACGUCGUGGCGGAGAUGCACGAGGCCACUCUGUUCGUGGUUGCCAACGCAAACAGGAUUCCUCCUGCGGUGCACUGGUCGGCAAUGAUGCGCGGAUACGACGUCGUGAACCUUCAGUUCCUGAGCAGCAGUGGCGCCGCCGGAGUAGCCUUCAACUUCGACCCGAGCUUCUCCAUCCGCAGAAGCGUUCUCGUGAGCGAAGAGUUCUGGGCUGCUGAGCCAGAGCUGGCUGCCGUUGUUGAACUGGCGAUGGCGGCACCAAACUCCAAAUGGCGAGAAUUACAUGAUUGGGAUGAGUUUGCGGAGAAAUACGAGGCCACGGCAGGACCUCAUCUCCCGGCGACAAACCGGAAGCCCAAGCAAGUCAUAGCUCUUACCACUCGGGAAAUCAAGGACGAGAUGCAGAUGGACAGUGUCAUGUGCCGGGAAGACUUCCAAGACUUCCUGUCACGCGUGGCCUGCACGAAGCGUUCGCUCUGCGGCGCGUAA